AUGCAUACCAGCGAGGAAAUAAAGGCGGCCAUGGAGAAGUGGUGUCGCGAUGCAUUUGCGUUUGUGGACCCCGGCAGCGGCCAUGAUCUGAACUCCCAUCUUGCCCAACUAGAUGCUCACCUGUCAACACUUUUGGUCUGUAACUUCCAGACGUACAAGCAGGAUAUGGGUGAGGCGGCAAUUGUCGAUAAUGCUUGCGCGUUGCUUGGCAGACUGCCAUCGAACCCGCCGGAAUUGCCCUAUCAGUACGACGGGCGGAAGGCACAGGACGCACAGGAAAAGGACAAACAAGAAUUGUGGCCGGCGGCAUACUUUGUGGAAAACUCUAAAGAGACAGCUGAAGACCCUGAAGAAAGCAAUAAUUGGGGCCGGCGAUAUGACUGGGCCAGCCUGCAGGUCCUUUCGCGCCCAAACACAAACACGAUUCGGCUGGUCCUCUUCAAGGUUAUGGAUCGCGCAGACCCUCAAGGAUGUCCCAGCGGGUAUUCUGAAACCCUGGGUAGCCUCCUUGAUAUUGUUACGGGACUGCUUGGAGAGAGUUCCACAGAGGAAGAAGCAAAAGCCUGGUUCGUCCUGCAAGCCUUCCUGUGGGCAGCGUGGCAGCACACGAUAAUGAUCCACCUCUGGUACGACGCAAAGAGGCAGAUGUACAACUACAAGUUCUACAAUCAUAACGAUAUAGUCGCGCACCAGAUCCCCGCGGUAAUGCCGCCGCGAGAAAUUAUUGAACGGUCCCGACCGAAUUAUAUGUGCAAAUGGGCAUUCGAGCUGCUCCGAUCUGAUCUGAGCUGUGUGACGCAGGAUUUUCGAAAAUUUUUUGAGAUCUAUGAAGAGCACUUUGGGGGCCGUGGUCCGCGGUGUAAUCUACUUCCUCCUGGGCACGAGGCCAAUAUUGCGCAACCGAGAAGAAUCUGCGAUGGCAAAGCGCCUGGAAACUGCGAGCGAUUUGAAUCCGAGAGUGUUCAAAUCCAGGGCGCGCACGACUUCGGCUGCCCUGGUCCCGGCCCUGACUCUCCUUGCCAUUUCCUCGUCUGGGACGAGGCAUCGUAUUUGAACACCCGCGGUGCGCGGGCUGUUUCCAUCGAGGACACUGAUGACACCCACAUUCGCUACACUCCCGUAACCAGGGAUACCAUGGCCGUCUCGCAUGUCUGGAGCCAUGGGCAGGGCGGACGCCCGGAAACCGGCUUCAAUAGUUGCUUGCACCGUCGAUAUGUGACUCUGGCCCGGUUUCUCGGCUGCACCUCGUACUGGAUGGACACGCCGUGUGUGCCGACUGACCGUACGCUACGUUCGGAAUGUCUGGGCCAAAUUAAUGCAAACUUUGAGUCUAGCAAGGUUACCUUGCUCGUGGACCGCGAUAUCAUGGAGAUUGAUAUCCACCCCCGAACUCUGGCCGCAGAAGAAGCCAUUCUGGCCGCGCUGGUCGUGUGUGACUGGAACGUCCGCGCGUGGACCCUGCUGGAGGGCAUGCGUGGCCGGGUGCGGCUCCAUCUCCUUUGCAAGAAUAACCAUGUGAUUUCACUAGCCGACGUGCUGAACGAUGUGCUCUCCAACAGCUGCUUGUCGUUGGUCUCACUCUGCCUUGCCGUACAACAUUAUAUCCCUAUCCCAGAGCCUCCAGGCGGCAUAGACCUGGACCCCGUCAGCAUCGAGCAAGCGACCUGCCUGCUCAAUCACCGCCAUGCCACUAAAGACCGGGAUGUCCCCAUGAUCUGGGCCCUGGUAGCGGGCUCACCGAAGGUAAUUAAAGCCUCUGAGGAGUUCUGGCUCUCCAAAGUAGGUAAGUUCCUCAACACGGGAAACCUGAUUUCCAGCGCUCCACGAAUUCCCGGGCGACGCGGGAUCGGAUGGGCGCCGGCUCGUCCAAAUUUGCUCCCGCCGAACGCGACUACCGAAGAGAAACGAUAUCCAGCGUACGACGGUCAGAACAGCGUUCCAGGGAAGAUAACGGCUGAGGGCUUUGAGGCUGAAUGGCUCGCUGUGAUUCUGCGUCGGCGGGGGAUGGGUCUUCCUGCAUGGAUGUUCAGCAUCUAUCGGUUUCCACGGGAGAGCGAGUGGGACGAGUAUUACCAUGUCUAUAACAAGGGCGGGAGCGACCGCAUCGACCUGAAAAUGCGGCAGAGGAUCGGGGCGCUGAUUGCGCCGCUGUUCCAGCGGUUCCGCUACGUUGCGUUCUUGCUCCCGUUGUUGCGAUACAAGGGGACGAACGGCGCUGUGAUUCCUCCACAGCCGUUUCAGUACCAGGGCGAGGCAGAGGGGCCGGUUAUGGUGGUUGUGGGUUCAAACAACCAGAAGGAGUGGGAGUGGCAGUUCCUGUAUGAGUGGAAGGAAGAACAGCUGCCGGAGUUUUGGCAGACCCAGCUUUUACUGGUGUAA